CUGUCCUUCUACUAAACAGGUGAAGGGAUUUGGGAUCUGAGUCCCCCACAAAUAAGAAAAUGGAACUUCUUCUGCAAAUCCUAUUGUCCCUUGUUUUAGUGAGCUUCUCCUCUUUGAUCAUGUGUGUUGCUCAUAACCUAUGGUUGCGGCCAAAAAGAAUUCGCGAAACGCUCUCAAAACAGGGAAUUAGGGGACCCCGGUCUCCCUCUUUUCUUCAUGGGAACCUCAAAGAGAUGAAGCAGAUGAAGUUUGUGGAGACAGAUGAGGAGGAGCAAUCGCCCCACGAUUAUGUACCUCGUCUUUUCCCUUAUUUCCAUCAAUGGAAGAAAACAUACGGCUCCACAUUUACUUACAGCUCGGGGACUACAGUAUUCUUGUACGUAGGAGAUCCUGAUAUGAUAAAGGAGAUGAGCAUGUGCACGUCCAUGGAAUUGGGGAAGCCGCGAGCGUGGGGUAAGCACAGAGCAGCAUUGUUUGGCAAAGGCAUUUUAAUGGCAAAUGGAGAAAAUUGGAGACGACAGCGAAAGAUUAUUGCCCAAGAGUUAUACAUGGACAAAGUCAAGAGCAUGAUUGGACUGAUGGUGGAGUGUGGCAUUUCUAUGUUAGAAGGGUGGGAAAGAAGAGUUGAAAGAGCGGGCGGAGUUGGAGCACUAAGGGUGGACGAGGAUCUGAGAAACUUCUCCGCCGAUGUGUUCUCAAAAACAUGUUUCGGGAGUAGUUACGAGAAAGGGCAGGAGAUCUAUCAUCGACUAAGGUGCAUUCAAAGGGCCAUGGCUAAGCAGGGUCUCCUUGUUGGAGUUCCUGGGAUGAGGUUUAUUCCCAAUACGAUCAACCGUGAAAUUUGGAAGCUACGGCGAGAGGUGAGAUCGAUAAUAUUGAAAGCUUUGAAGGAACGCAUGGCAGAACCGAAGGCUGCAGCUGAGGACGAUCUAUUGAAAGCCAUCUUAGAGAAUAGCAAAGCCGUUGAAGCUCAUGCUACUCCUGAUGACAUUAACAACCUCAUUGUAGACAACUGCAAGAAUCUCUAUUUUGCAGGGCAUGAAACCACCGCUUCAGCUGCAUCGUGGUGCCUCCUACUGCUUGCCAUGAACCCAAUAUGGCAAACAAGAGUUCGCGAUGAAGUGGCAGAGGUCUGCAAGGGAUAUUUACCUAAUAUUGAGAUGCUCCGCCAGAUGAAAAUUUUGACUAUGGUGUUGCAUGAAACAAUGCGUCUCUAUGCUCCAGCAGCAUUUAUGAUCAGGGAAGCAUUUGUAGACUUGCAAUUUGGAGGCAUUCGGAUUCCAGCUGGGACCAACCUCUGGAUUCCAGUUUCAGCAUUGCACCAUGACACUGAAAUAUGGGGCUCUGACGCUCAUAUUUUCAACCCCGAGAGGUUUGCGAAUGGGAUAAUUGGCGCCUGCAAAAACCCUUAUGCAUUCCAUCCUUUUGGCUUUGGUUCCCGCACUUGUGUGGGCCAAAACUUCGCCAUGGUAGAACUGAAGAUUGUGAUUUCUCUGAUAAUAUCGAAAUUCAAGUUCAGCCUCUCUCAAACAUACUGUCAUAGCCCAACCUUCCAGCUAGUCGUGGAACCUGCAAAUGGACUUCAACUUGUAAUGGAGAGAGUGUAGUGAUAAUCAUUAAGGGUCAGUUUGAUUCGAAAAUAAGUUUACGAAAAUUUUAAAAUUAUAAUUUAGUUAAUUGUAGAUUGAAAAGUUCUGAUUUAUUGUGGGGUUGUUUGAUUACUCUAAGGUGAUAUGUAAUAGAGGAACUGUCAAAUUAAACAGCUGUUCAAUUAUCUUUACAGAUAACAAUUCU